CCGCUCUACCUAAUCCUCCGUUUCCAAGGACAUAUAUAAUUGAUUGAGUAGCUACUACAUGUUUAAAACAUGGGAGGGAAUACAUAUGACUCUAAAUAGAAGGCUUCAUUAGCGUAGAGUAAACACAAUAGAAGAAAUGAAUAUGAUGAAGUGUUUAUUUUUGUUAUGUUUGUGUUUGUUUCCCAUUGUGGUGUUUUCAUCAAGUUUCACUUCCCAAAAUCCCAUUGAAUUACCAAAUGAUUCUACUUCAGGUAAGCCAGUCCUUGACACAAGUGGUAAAGAAGUUACUAGUCAUUCGAGUUAUCGCAUUAUUUCUGCGUUUUGGGGUGCGUUAGGUGGUGAUGUGUACCUAGGUGAGUCCCCGAAUUCAGAUGCCCCUUGUCCAAAUGGUGUGUUUCGUUACAAUUCGGAUCGUGGACCUAGAGGUACACCUGUGAAAUUCAUUCCUCAUUCUGAAGGUAUGUCUGAAAAUAAACUAUUCAACAUACAAUUCGAUAUUCCUACGUUCAGAUUGUGUGUUAAAUAUACAAUUUGGAAAGUGGGAGAUUACAAUGAAACUCUAGGCGGGGUAUUAUUGGAGACUGGAGGAAGCAUAGGGCAAAGAGAUAGCAGCUAUUUCAAGAUUGUUCCAUCAAAACUUGGUUACAACUUAGUCCUUUGCGAUCCUACUCCUAUUUUCUGUCCAUUUUGCCGUAAGGGUCAGUUAUGUGUAAAUGUGGGUGUAGUUUUCCAAGAUGGAAGAAGGCGUUUGGCUCUUACUAAGGAUCAGCCUCUUGAUGUAUUAUUCGAGGAAAUCAAGUAACAAAUGUUGAAAUUUGCAGCUAGACUAUACUAGCUACCUACCUACUAUGUUGUAAAAUAAACACCUGCUAAGGGAUAUUUAGCAUGGUUUUCUAAAUAAACUAUCUUUCCUUCUCGUUUA